UGUCAGCUCUACACCUUGUUUCCUCUCCGGCUGCGAGGAAACUUUCGGGACAUGGCAUUUCUAUAAGCUUAUUCAAAUUGCUGCAAUCCAGGAAAUAAGCUUUGUCACUGGAAAUGAUCAGAGAGGUCGUUUCCUCCACUAUCUCUCACUGAGGCGAACAGAAAAAUAACAUGAGAGACGCAGGAGGAGAAGGAGGAGGCGGCGGAGACAAAAUCUGCAAAUCUGAGAAGGAUCAGAGUUGGAUCCCCAAAAUCAUCAAGAAAAGAGUGUGCACCACCUUUGUAGAAGAUUCUUUCAGUAAUGGAGCCCUGUGUCAGUGCGGGGGGGCGAGAGAUGCACAUGGCUCUGUGGCUCUCGGUGACUAUUUCAGCACAGCGAUUGUCAACCACUGGGACAGCGCCCAGCACUCCUCUGAAUACCCGACGGAUGCUUUUGGAGAGUUGCAGUUUGCAGGAGCCAGCAAGAGGCAUAGCUAUUUUCUGCGUCUGUCAUGGGACACACCCCCGUCUAUGGUCUACACCCUAAUGACCGCCCACUGGGGUCUUCCUGCCCCCAACUUGGUGGUUUCUGUAGUGGGUGGAGAAGGCAGGACAAAGGUGAAGACUUGGGUACGGGAGGUGAUCAGACAGGGACUGGUGAAAGCCUCACAAAGCACAGGGGCAUGGAUCCUGACCGCGGGCUUGCGUGAAGGCAUUGGUAGGUGUGUAGGAGAGGCAGUUAGGGAUCAUGCCACUGCAGCCUCGUCGGUGUCCCUCAACAAGGUGGUGGCGCUGGGUAUCGCUCCGUGGGGGCUGGUGCACAACCGACAGCAGCUGGUCAACCCUCAGGGUAGCUUUCCCGCUAAGUACUAUGUCCAGAACACGUCCCGAGACUCCUGCUGCCUGGACAACAACUACCAGGCCUUUCUGCUGGUGGACGACGGCAGCGUGGGACGCAGAGGAGGAGAGACGGGGUUCAGGGCUAAACUGGAGGACUACAUUUCCCACCAGCGCACAGGAAUCUGGGGCAGCGGCAGCAUUGACAUCCCUGUCCUUUGUAUGCUGGUAUCAGGACACGCCAACAUGCUGGAGAGAGUUGAUCUCUCUCUGAAAAACUCCAUGCCCUGGCUGGUGCUGGCUGGCUCAGGAGGCCUCGCUGACUUCUUGAGCGACGUCUUGGAGAAUCUGUCAUCAGCGCCGGUUGUCCAGUGUUCUGGCGAGGGAGAGAGCGAGACGGGCCCCAGUGUGGAUCUGAAAGACAGAGUUGCAGAACGGGUUAAGAGGCACUUUCCCUCUGAAGCGGAGUCAGACAAACUAGUUGAACGGGCUCUGAGCAUCUACCAGAACAGAGACUUUAUAACAAUCUACCAUGGAGAGCAGGAGGGCCCGAAUGACUUUGAUACAGUGCUGCUCAAGGCCUUGGUGGGAGCAAGUAAGCAGCGAGCAUCAGUUGAUUCCAGCCCUUACAAUGACGAGCUGAAGCUAGCGGUCACAUGGAACAGGGUUGACAUUGCCAAGAGCGAGCUCUUCAAUGGAGACAUUCAGUGGAGGUAUGAAGACUUGGAAGACUCCAUGACAGACGCCUUGGUCAACGACAAGCCUCAGUUUGUGCGUCUUUUCACUGAGAAUGGCCUCAACAUCCUGGACUACCUGACUUACGGCAGGCUGGAAAGUCUCUACCGCUCAGUGGCUGAUGGGACGAUGCUUUACCAGCUGCUUCAGCGCUGUCUGGUGGAGCGGCAAGGAAGUGCAGCCCCCGCGCCAAUAUCAAACCUGUCAGACUCACCUUCCAACGCGGCAGCAGAGAACAUGCAGAGGGGCCCAGUGACAGAGAUCAGCCUUUUUGAGGUUGCUGGAGUGCUGGAACUUUUAAUGGGUGAUGUCUGCCAGCCAUUUUACUACGAUGCUUUGGACUUAGAACAGAUAUCAUCCAAGAGGAGAGCUCUGAGGCGUGUCAGUAAGCUGCUGCGUGGAGACUGCUUGUAUCGGGAGAAGCGCUGCCUCUUCCCCUGGGCUUCACUCUUCAUCUGGGCCGUCCUCCAGAACCGCAGCGAGAUGUCCACUUUCUUCUGGGAGAUGGCCGGGGAGUCAGUGCUGAGCGCUCUGGCCGGCUGUAAGAUACUGAGAGAAAUGUCCAAGCUGGAGGUGGAGACUGAGACUAAACUGUCGAUGAAAGAGCUGGCCCAGAGGUUUGAGAACCUGGCACACGACGUCUUCAGCUCUUGCUAUCGCAGCAAUGAAACUCGCUCUUUCACCCUGCUGAUCAGGAAGUCUCCAGUUUGGGGUGGAACCACCUGCCUACAGAUGGGCAUGGGCGCUGAUGCCCGACUUUUCUUCAGCCAUGACGGAGUACAGUCUCUGUUGUCGCAGAUCUGGUGGGGGGACAUGAAGAGAAACACAGAGGUUUGGAAGCUCCUGCUCACUUUCUUUUGCCCCGUCCUCUGCUACACCAACCUCAUCUCAUUCAGGGAACAAGAUGACCAGCAUCAAGAGGAGGAGGGGAAGCCUAACGAGGACGGGCCUGGCAGGGACAGUGACAGCCUCUAUGGCACCACCAUCUUCUCUUUCUCGGACAUCAAGCACAUUGAAGCUGAUGCACAAGGAUCCCACACUCCCAGGACAGCAACCAUCAAAGGCAUACCCCACUCUCACAGACCACCAAAACGUCCGUUUAUAGUGUCAAGAUGGCGUGAGUUCUGGUUUGCACCCGUUACUUCAUUUUUGGGCAACGUCCUGAUGUACUUCCUCUUCCUGCUGCUGUUUGCGUACGUGCUGCUGGUGGACUUCAAGCCCUGGCCGCCUGCUGGUCCGGCCAUCACUGAGUAUGUGCUGUACUUUUGGGUAUUCACCAUCGUGUGUGAGGAGAUCCGAGAGACGUUCUUUCUGGGGACAAAGAGUUGGCGUCAGAGGAUCAGAGUGUACAUUCAGGAUGUGUGGAACAAGUGUGACCUUACUGCUAUCUCGCUGUUCAUCAUAGGAGUAAUCUGCAGGAUGUUCGAAUUGACAUACAGUUUUGGCCGCGAUAUCCUGUGUGUGGACUACAUGGUCUUCACCCUCCGUCUCAUUCACAUCUUUGCCAUUCACAAACAGCUGGGACCAAAAAUCAUCAUAGUUGGCAAGAUGAUGAAGGAUGUCUUCUUCUUCCUUUUCUUCCUGAUGAUUUGGCUCAUGGCAUACGGAGUCGCCAAUCAGGCUUUGCUGUACUCCUACGACCCCAGCUUAGAUCGCAUCUUUCGCCGGGUUUUCUACAGACCAUACUUGCACAUCUUUGGACAGAUCCCCGUGGAAGAGAUGGAUGUGGGGAAGACGUGGGACAUGCCCUGCACAGACAACGUGACAUUGAUUGAGGAGGGUGGGGAGCCGUGCAGGACAAUGGAAAGCAACUGGCUGGUGGUCAUUCUGCUGAUUGUUUAUCUGCUGGUCACCAAUAUCCUGCUCAUCAACCUGCUCAUCGCCAUGUUUAGCUACACCUUCUCUGAAGUGCAAGCUAACAGUGAUAUCUACUGGAAGUUCCAGCGCUACAACCUGAUUGUCCAGUACCACUCCCGUCCCUCCCUGGCUCCUCCUUUCAUCAUCCUCUCUCACAUCAAUCUCUUUAUUAAGAGGCAGAUCCGCAAGGUGCCGUCCAUCAAAAUCCACCACUUUGUAUUGCAGUUGAGAGGGAAAGCAGCUAACCGGCUAAUGACGUGGGAAACCAUUCAGAAGGAGGACUUCCUCACCGCCCAGAACAAGAUCCAGAAAAGCAGCGACUCAGAGAGGCUCAAACGGAUGUCUGCCAAAGUGGAUGGUGUGCUCAAACACAUGACUGAAAGCAGAGACGUUGACCACAGGCUGAGGGCUCUGGAGAAUGAGAUGGAGUACUGCUCAACUGCUCUCAGCUGGAUCGUCGAUACUUUGGCUCAAGGCGGCACAUUCAAACCUCCACGGCCUCCACCUACACUGAGAGAUGCGUUUCCCUCCUCUUCCAGUUCCACCUGAUUUACUAGGUGAUGCCUUCACUUGCUCUGGGUCGGGAAAAGGACAAGGUUUAAGUGCUUUUACUACUGCAGCUCCCACGAUAUGCUCACUAUAAUCUUACUGUUUGCCAGCCAUGGUCAUCACUAGACUCAAAUAGUUUCAUUUAUUUUGAAUUUAAAAAAAACCAAACCCAAACAUGUAGCAGCCGUCACUACUUGUUACAGUAUUGAUUAAAUCCGAAAGCUGAUAUUUUAGGAGUGCAAUCAAUCUUAUUCAAAUGCCAAAGUCAAGUCUAUGUAUUUAUGAUGUGGCAUGAUAUAUUUUAUGUGUUUUAUAUGACAGUGCUAUCAUGUCUUUAUUGCUGUAUUUUAUAAGGUUUUUAUAGGUUAUAACUGCUAUAUUGACACUAUGAUAUUGUUUACAGGGUUUACAGUCAAUGCACAUUGUAAUACUCAGUGUUCAGUUACUUAAUAUUGUUACAUUAUUGUAUUCUAUUCAAUAAACUGUAUAUACAGUAUAA